AUGUAUACACUAAAAGCAAACAAGCUUACGCAUGCUAGUCCGUCAUUUACCAAUAAUUUAUUUAUACGUGUUCCAUAAAUACUACAUCUUGCUAGCUACUUUACUUGUAGAAUUUUUUUCCCGUAAUCAAAGAAAAGUCUAACGGAAAUUACAAAAGAUGGUAUCAAUCCCAGAGACGACGAUCACCUCUUCCGAUGGCCGGCGACCCAUCCCAUUGAUAGGAUUGGGUACGGCAUCCGUCACCGAAAGCACCGAUGAGGUGAAGGCUGCGGUUAUCAAAGCGAUCAAAGUUGGUUAUCGCCACUUUGACACGGCUGCGCUCUAUGGAACCGAGAAACCUCUAGGUGAAGCCAUCAAGGAAGCCUUGAGACUCGGUCUCAUAAAGUCGCGGGCCGAGCUUUUCAUCACCACCAAACUGUGGUGUGACUCAAUGGAAGGCCACCUUGUAGUACCAGCCAUCAACCAGAGUCUUCGGAAUUUAGGAUUAGAGUAUGUAGAUCUGUAUCUAAUACAUUGGCCACUCAAGCUAAACCAAGAUGAACUCAAAAUCCCAAUUCCAAUAGACUGCAUAGCCCCAAUCAAUAUCAAGGAUGUCUGGGAAGGAAUAGAGAAGUGUCAAGAUCUUGGAUUUACCAAAUCUAUCGGUGUAAGCAAUUUCUCUCCUCGACUAAUAGAAGAAAUCCUCUCCUUCGCUAAAAUCCCUCCGGCUGUCAACCAGGUUGAGAUGAACCCGAUUUGGCAACAGAAGAAACUUAACGAAUUUUGCAAAAAGAAAGAUAUUCUUCUUACCGGUUACUCCCCUUUAGGUGCAUCUGGUGCCAAAUGGGGACACAACCGCGUCAUGGAAUGUGAUGUUCUUCAAGACAUCGCCAAAUCUAGAGGGAAGACUGUUGCUCAGGUUUCUCUGAGAUGGAUGUAUGAGCAAGGUGUGAGUUUUGUAGUAAAGAGUUUUAACACCGAGAGGAUGAAGCAAAACCUAGACAUCUUCGACUGGUCAUUGAGCGAGGAAGAGUCGAUCAAAAUAAGCCAUAUUCCACAACAGAAACAUGUUUAUUUAGCAGGUUCGAUGGUGGAAGGGGCUAAUGAUGUAAUCACUGAGAUUGAUGCUGGUCUUGCAUUUCAAUAAGUUGUUUUGUCAUAAAACACAUGUGUUAUGUACUUAUAACGUCAGAGAUCGUUGGUUUGUUUGUAUUGUAUUGUUUGGUUUUUGGUAUUAUGGCGUUAAAAACACGUACUCUUAUAAUUAUC